UUCCAAUUCGAAAUAGGCCGAUAGUUUGGAGUGAAUCUAGCCACCCGUUAUUCCUGUUAUCGCAUUUGUCCAUCCCCAACAAGUCCAUCAACAUUCGAAGGUGAAUUGAUUAAACUGGCAUUGAUUAGACAACCAUUUCUGAGAUUGUGGCCAGUGCAACAGUGGUGAGGUGAAUGGUGUUGUCUAUAUUGAUCAGAAAACUAUUUCUCCAUUUCAUUUAAGCUGAGACUGAACUUAAACUAUAUUUAUAUUAAAGCUCACAUUGAGAAUACGAAAAAAUCUGGAAGGAAAAUAACACUGGAUUUUGCAAUCCAGUCUUGUAUCAGUUACAUUAUCGAGAAAUAAUAAGAGAUGAUGAAAAUCAUAACAGUUUGCAUUUGCGUGAUGCUCAUCAGUGCUGCAAUGGCGGCUCCUCCGCGGCAGGUGAAACGAUCUCCUGUUGCCAAACCACAUUCCAGUGAGGAGUUCUACAGUUGGGGUGAGCAUCGUCCACACUAUGGUCACUAUGGUCACUAUGAUCAUCAUGGACCUUUUGGAUAUCACGAACACUACCACGGACACGGACACGGCUACCAUGACGGAUUCUAUCCAAACUAUUACGGCGGACACCAUGGACACAGCCCUGGUUUGGGCUUCGGCAUUGGAUUCCAUUUUUGAUCAUCCUGAUCUCGGAAAAAUAGGGGAAAUCAGCCGUGUCUCUUAAUUUAUCCAAUAGGUCAAUUAUUUAUUUUGUGAAUAUCAUCGGAUAUAUUGAAUGCAGAUAAAAAAAUUGUUUAAAUUAUGAAGUUGAGACUGAAAUUGGAUCAAAAUUUACAUGAUGCGUGAUCAAACUGCUUAAUAAUUAUUUGAUUACUGCUAUCAGUUUAAUCUAUUCUGAAAGAGGAAUAUUAAUGAAAUGUUAUAAUCAUUCAGAAGAACAUUAAAGACGUAGCAAAAGAGUCUGCUAAUCAUUGAUUAAUUUCAAAAUUGACUUCUAAUAUGAGAAAUAAAGUCUGACAUUUAACUCGAUAGAUUGUAAAUGUGACGAACAAUAUAACAAUGAAAAUACUGUAUAUUAAAGAUUAUUGUAUGAUUCA